CGGAAUAUUCGAUUAUCCUGGCUACUCCACUUUUGCGGAAGGCUGAGGUAAUGGUUACAGUAGAUCGAAAAUAUGCUUCGAAAGCUUGCGGACGCCAUGAUCUGGAAGAAGUGAUUGAUCAAGUGUGGAACGACACCUUGAAAGAAAAACCCUAUCUUUUCAAUCAGUCCAAGUUCCGUUUUUCCAAAGCGACCUAUGAUAAAACAUGCCACAUGAUGUUGGGACUUACAAAUUACAAGGCCUAUGUGGGAUCGAACCUUGGACCGAAGUGGAAGCUGUUCUAUGAGGAGGGCAUGAAAAUUGGCGAUCCCGAUGCUUACUUCGGCAAUCCUCUAGGCAAUCAGGUAGCGAUCGUUCUAAAAGACGGUAAACACGUUAUCAUGAACCGCAGCUACCAAGUUGCCGAAAGCCAGGGCAAGCUAACCGCAGUGGGCGGUCAUCCCGAGCCUUCUGAACUCCACAUCGAAUCGUACGAGGACGCAGCGAAGAUCCCUAGCUCUGUCCUGACCAACGAACUCUUCGAGAGCAUGCGCCGCGAGGUGCACGAAGAGACAAACAUCCCUCUCGAUCUGAUCUCCGAGAUGUACAUGACGGGCGUCAUAGGGAGCAAUGCGACGCACGGAAGGCAGGUGCAGGUCUUUUGCUGUUUCGUGCCGCUGGAGAGCGAGCAGGUCCGAGGCUAUUAUCGAAAGGGGCCGGAGGACCAGUACGAGAGCUUGGGAAUUAACUUUAUGACGCUGGAGGAGAUUGUGGAGAUUAUGAACACAACGCCUGACCGGUUCUGUCCGGAGUCGAGAGCGCUGUACACGGCGUUACUGCAGUCGUUGGAUGCGUAUUACAAGGUGAAGGACUCGAUCUUUGCUGCAUAG